GGAUAUUGUGUGUACAUUUUUUUGCAAAGCGCGCAGUCGUUCCGACGUUUGUUGACAAAGAUCCGAAACUGAUUUAAAUCGCAAUAAAAAUGUCGUCGGACGAGGAAAACGACGACGUGCUGCAGGAUCUGGAGGAAAUACGAGACAAAAUGAUGAACACUCCACGCAACGAACGCAUGCAAGUGAGCGCCUGGGAGGACGACGAUGACGGCGUGGAAGCGGAGCGUAACGCGAAAGAACCGGAUGAGAAAGCCAUGCUAAGUGCCGCUGAGGAGGGAAAUCUGGAAAAAGUUAAGACUUUGUUGAGCAAAAAUCGUCUUCUACUGAAGUGCACUGACAAAGACGGCUACACUCCCCUUCAUAGAGCUUGCUACGCCGAUAAUGUAAAAGUGGUAGAGUAUUUGCUGGAAAUGGGAGCAAGGCUGGACGCUAAGACUCAGGACGAGUGGCAACCUCUACAUUCCGCGUGUUGCUGGAACAAUGUGGAAUGCGCCCUGACUUUGAUCUCGUGCGGCGCGGACGUAAACGCCAGGAGCAAAGGGGAUCAAACACCUUUGCAUCUACUCUGCGCCAGUUCUCACAAUUCUCCCGCUCUUCAACUCUUUCUGUUGCAUCCGGACACAGAUUUCUCUAUACUGAACUCGAGCGGAGACACCGCGGCUAUGAUCGCAAGAAGAACAACGAAAUUCUAUCCGAUAUUCGAGAUAACCGAGCCCUGUCUGAACGAGAUUUAAAAAACACCUUCCGGCGCGUUGCUAUAA